UGUGGUGUCGGUUGGAGAUCAAAAUCCCUCAAAAUGUCAACCUCCGAGAAGAGCGAGGUGUUGGCGAGCGACAACCUGCCAGACCAGGUGUUUGCAGACCUGGUUGAGGUUGUUGUGGAGAUCCUCACAUCUACGUCCACGACGGACGAGCUGGUGACCAAGGUCAAGGAGUUUGCACAAUCGCAUGAGGAUGCAAGUGCACGUGUCAUAAACGCCUCGUUUCGGGGCUGGCUCACAUUCUUCCGAAACGCCCAACGCACAGGCAUGAGCGUCAAGGCCAUCUUCGAAGAGCUCAUGCGCAUCGGGUUCUCAAAGGGCAAGGCGCAAUACGUGGCGAAGAAAUUCAAGGCUAACGAACAGGCGCUCACACGCACGCUCAUCGGAAACACAUUUGCCAUCAACGAGAUUGUAGACAUGCAAUGGAAGUUUGGAGUGACUGCGGGGAGCAGCGAGUUCAAGCAGACGGGCGACUCGUUCCUGCAGCUCAAACUCAUUCUCCAGCGCGGCACCACCCGCGAAGAAGCAUACAUGGAGCUGUCACUGCCGCAGUUCUACGCGUUCUUGAAGGAGAUGGAGACAGCAAAAUCCUGCCUGGAGUCUCUCUCAUAGGGGCAGUGCAUGUGUGUGUGUGUGUAUGUGUGUGUGUGUUCAUCGUUUUGGAUUAUGAUGUACCUUUCUCUGUCGGAUGUGUUAGAAGGGCCGUCACAGUGUUACAUUCAACGGUUCCUCAGCCAUUGUAGUCGCUCCUUCGUAGGUCGAGAGAGUGUGUGCAGUUGUUCUUGGCAUUGUGGUUUCGCUUCUCCCCUGGGUUUUCUCUUCCACUAUGAUUGUGUUUGUUUACACGUUUCGCUAUAUCCAAGACACACCAUCAGCUAUGCAC